UGCAUCGUCUUUCUAACUGGUAUGUAAAUACUAUGAUUUUGUUAAAGGAACACAGCCUCCUCUGUAUGUUCGUCAUCAGCAAUAGAUUCUGACAUGAAGAUCAAACAGGUAUGUAUUAUAAUAAUAACUUUGUUGGAGAAUCUAGUCAAAAGAAAAAAAAUUAACAAGUGAAGGUGAAAACUUUAAUAAACUGAUGGUCUUUCGGAUAUGCCAUUCUAAGAUGUCUCUGGGGCUUUUUGAUAUGCUAUCUCUUGCACUUUGCUUGGUUAUUUAGAAUGUUUGUUAUCCCCUCUUCUCUCUUUUGUUGCUCCGCCAUCAUUUUUUGCUUAACCUACUGUGUUCAUCACCAUACAAAGGCAGGAGGUUUGUUAAUUGAUCAGGAUAUUCCUUCGUUAUUUGAUGUUUUCUGAAUGACUGUUAGCCUAAAAGCUUUAGCUGAAAGUGUCUGUCCUGUCACUCCAUUGGCAGGAAAUAGAGAUGGUAGACGCAGCAGAAAAGCUUGCAGCAUGUCAGGAGACUAUUUACCUUCUUGGGAGGCAAUUGCAAGCCUUGCGCACUCAGACAGAGAACUACCAGACUCGGUACGGUGACAAGCUGCUGAGGGAAAGUUCAGUUGAAGGCCGACUGAAUCAUAGUGGUUCAAAGGCACAAGAUACUUACUGCUGUGACGACUCUGAUCACAUUGAGGCAGACAGUGUAGCAUCUGCUGAUGUGCAAUCUGUGGUGAGGAGGAUUCCUUGCGUUAUAGUCAUUCCACAUCAAGUCUCUCGGAUAUUGAGCCUAAUCUUUCAUUGAGGUCUUCAGCAAGCUCAUCUCACCUCAAUCAUGGGAGUUUUGGCCAUCUUUUUUCUUUGAAAGGGAAGAAUGGG